AUGAAGCGAAUGGCAUCUGCCAAAUCAAGUGGGCCUUCCUCCUCCGGAAGCAUGACGUCGAGGAGUAGAGGCGGGACGGAGACUAGCAAUGACAGCGUUGUGUCUUCCAGAGCCGCCUCCGUCGCCGAGAGCUCGUGGUCCACGACCAGUAGAGUCACAUCCAGCACGGAGACCGACGCAUCACCAACCGAUCCGCCAAAGGAGCUGUGGUUCAAGACCCUGAACCCUUAUGCGCCGGUCACAGUUGUGAUGCUGCAUCUGUUGUUCAGUUCGCAUCUCGAAUGGGCUCAUGUAUGGCCCAAGUUGACGGAGUAUCACCUGCUCAUCCCGGAUAUGCCCCAUCACUCGCGAUCACGAUCUAUCAAGCCGUUCUCCUUCGCUCUCGCGGCAGACCUCAUUGCAGACAUGAUCCGCAAGCAUGCCCAUGGCGGCCGUGCUCAUCUGGUCGGGAUCUCCACGGGCGGUUUCGUUUGUCAGGAACUGGUGCGACGACACCCAGAUGUGGCCAUCAGCGUCUUCGCAUCUGGCUGCAGUCCUCUGCGCGAUUUCUGGCUCAACAUGUCCAAGCGCCCAAAAUUAAUUCACCUUGGCCUGCUGGCUAUGUUGCACACGCCCAACAACAUGUUUCUGAAGGUAUCGGGUUGGAGUCCCGAGCUGCAAAACAACGACUUGGUGAAAGAGGUCAAGCGCAAUACCACUUCUCGCUUGUCCGAAAGAGGGAAUUCAGACACGGCAGCCUUCCAGCAGGAAGCCGUGCAAGAGGUCGCGACAAAAGGUGUCAGGAUAUGCCUCGUAGCCGGGGGCAAGCAAGACGAUUUCGAAGGGACAAGAAAUACCGGAAGAGAUUAUAGGACGCUGGGUACGGGCGAAGCACAGCAAUCGCGGGCUUAUAUCGUGCGGGAGGCCAUUCAUGCAUGGAAUCUGCAGUACCCUGAGUUAUACGCCAAAGGUAUCCAGGCAUGGAUAGAGAAGUGGCAGAUGCCACCAGAGUUCGAGUUGCUUGAGUAG